AUGAAGAAGGAGGAUUUCAAGACAUGCUCCCAAUCUGGAUUCUGUCGUCGUAAUCGCGCCUAUGCAGAUAUGGCAACGGAUACACCUGGUUUCGAGUCCCCUUUUGCACUCGUCAAGGAUACCAUUCGGCUGGAUGAGGAUGAUUCCCACGUUUAUGCCGACAUUAUCAACACUGAAAACGACAUCCUCUUCACACUCGACUUGCAUGUCCUUGAGGAUAACACUUCACGCAUUCGAAUCAAUGAGAAGCAGCCUAUCAAACCCCGCUACGAUGGACAUGUUCAGCAUACACUUGUCAACGGCGUCAACUCGGCUCAUGCCAAGCGUAUCACAACCGAUGAUGAAGGCGUCGUCACCGUGGUAUUGGAUGAUCAACGCAAAAUCGUACUUCAUCCUCACCCUGUACGAUUGGAUUUCUUUGUCAAUGAUGCACCUGUGAUCUCUCUCAAUGAUCGUGGAUUAUUCCGAUUCGAGCAUUUGCGCACAAAGGAUACACACAAGCCAACAAUGAUUGAAAAGAAAAAGGACAAUGGCGAAGUGGAACAAGUGGAAGCUCCUUGGGAAUCAGAUCUUUGGGAAGAAACAUUCAAGUCCUGGACUGAUCCAAAACCUAAUGGCCCUGAAAGUAUUGCCAUGGAUAUUACAUUCCACGACUUUGCCCAUGUCUAUGGUAUUCCGGAACAUGCAUCCAGCCUCUCACUGAAGGAAACUCGUGGCGGUGAUAAUGCUUAUACGGAUCCCUAUCGACUCUACAACACCGAUGUGUUCGAGUACGCACUGGAUAGCCCAACAUCGCUUUAUGGCGCGGUUCCUUUUAUGAUUGCGCAUCGUGCAGGUGCAUCUUGUGGUGUAUUCUGGAUGAAUCCUUCCGAGACAUGGAUUGAUAUUGUCAAGAAGAAAUCUGAAUCUCGCAGCUCGAUGCAAAAGAUUCUUAGCCUUGGAAAGUCGACCACUGGAGGAACAUCCACUCAGACCCAUUGGAUCUCUGAAGCUGGUGUAUUGGAUGUCUUUGUGUUCCUCGGCCCUUCUAUCAAAGAUGUUAUGCGCCAAUACACCCGACUCACAGGCACAGCCAUGUUACCACAAGAAUUCUCCCUUGGAUACCAUCAAUGCCGCUGGAAUUAUAUCAAUCAAAAGGACGUGCUUGAAGUCGAUGACCAAUUUGAUGCACAUGAAAUGCCCUACGACGUCAUUUGGCUCGACAUUGAAUAUACGGAUGACCGCAAGUAUUUCACUUGGGAGAGUUCAAAGUUCCCUGAACCUAUCAAAAUGGAACAAGCUUUGGAUGCCAAGGGAAGAGAGCUUGUGGUGAUUAUUGAUCCUCAUAUCAAACGAGCGGAUGGUUACCGUAUUUGUGAUGAGGCCAAGAAGGAUGGUCUCUUUGUCAAGCAACCCUCUGGAAGCGAUUACGAAGGAUGGUGUUGGCCUGGUCAAUCUUCUUGGGUCGACUAUUUCAAACCAGAGGCACGUCAAUGGUGGAAGGAGCAAUUCCGAUUCGAUAAGUUUAUUGGUACCCAAGAGAAUGUCCAUUUGUGGAAUGACAUGAGUGAGCCUUCCGUGUUCAAUGGCCCCGAGAUCACCAUGCAAAAGGAAAUGAUUCACCAUGGCAACUGGGAGCAUCGUGUUCUUCACAACAUGUAUGCAUUACUUUCGCAUGCAGCAACGGCGGAUGGUGUGAGAGAGAGGACACAAAAACCAAAGCGACCUUUUGUAUUGACACGUGGAUUCUAUGCUGGUGUUCAGCGCUAUGGUGCUGUUUGGACGGGCGACAAUAUGGCUGACUGGGAAUCACUCUACUAUUCAAACCCAAUGUCGCUUACCAAUGGUUUGGGAGGCGUUGCUUUUACAGGUGCUGAUAUCCCUGGUUUCUUCAACAACCCACCCGUCGAACUUUUGGUACGCUGGUAUCAAGCAGGUGUAUUCCAACCCUUCUUCCGUGGCCAUGCUCAUAUUGACACCAAGCGUCGGGAACCCUAUCUUGUGCCUGAACCUUAUCGUUCCAUGACAUUGGCUGCUCUUCGUGAACGUUAUGCUCUCCUUCCUUACUGGUACACGUUGUUCUAUGAAACAUCCAACAAUGGUACACCCAUGAUGCGUCCCAUGUUUAUGGAAUACCCUGAGGAUGAGGCCUUGUUUGCCACUGAAGAUCAAUUCAUGAUGGGUGAUGGUAUUAUGGUCAAGCCUGUAACUCAAGAAGGCGCUACUGAAACAAAUGUCUACUUCCCUGGAGAUCAGCCAUGGUAUGAUAUGCAAACGCAUGAACCCAUCAAGAAAUCUGGAUACCACAGUGUUCAAGCACCUCUUGAAAAGAUCCCUGCUUACUACCGCGCUGGCUCUAUUGUUCCUCGACGUGAACGUGUUCGUCGUAGUUCUCGUAGCAUGAAGCUUGAUCCCUUCACCUUGAUCGUUCCACUCACCAAAGAGGGUACUGCACAAGGAUUCCUCUAUCAUGAUGAUGGUGAAAGCUAUGAUUAUCAAGAUGGCUCUUAUAUCUACACCUUGUUCAAGUAUGAAAAUGGAUCAUUGCGUAGUGAGAAUGUGCACAAGAAUCCUGAGACGGCUGCAGCGAAACAAUAUGCCAAGUCCAUGUCGCAACUUCGACUCGAGCGUCUUGUCAUUCUCGGCGUUACCAAGCAACCUGUGCGUGUGACCCAAGGUAACCAAGAGCUAUCUUUUGACUAUGAGGCAAGCAAGAGCAAACUUGUUAUCAAGAAUCCUGGUGUAUCGAUCGCUGAGUAUGAUUGGAAGAUUGAUAUUGAGUAG